CGUGACCACCCAGGGCCCUCCCCCAACCCACUGGCUGCCUGCCUUAGCCAGCCCGGCCCGCACCACCCCAGACCCUAUAAGGCCUGGGAGCUGAGAGCCCAGCUGCCGGCUGCACCGCCUGUCACUCCAAGGGACCCCCACACGGUCCAGCUGCCUAGAGUGUUACCAUGUCUGCUCGAGAUGGAGGCCAGGAUCCCCCCAAACCCAAGGGCAAGACCCUGGGCAGCUUCUUUGGGUCCCUGCCUGGCUUCAGUGCUGCCCGGAACCUGGUGGCCAAUGCCCACAGCUCAGCAAGAGAGGCCCAGCCAGCUGCCGAGCCUGCAGGCGCUCCAGCCGAGGAGGCCGCCCAGUCCCAGGCUCAGGCACCCGCUGACCCGGAGCAGACGGCCAGGGGGUUAGAGAAGACACUGCCGCCUUCAGACAAGAUGAUCUCCGGCGCAAAGGACCUGGUGUCCUCCCAGAUGGCCAGGACCAAGGAUGCUCUCUCCACAGGAAUGGCUAGUAUCGUGGACACGGCUAAAGGUGUGGUCCAGGGAGGCCUGGGGAUGACCCAAUCCACGCUAACAGUCACCAAGGAUGCUGUGGCCAGUGGGGCAACUGGGGCAGUGGGUGUGACCAAAGGGGCCCUACAGACCGGUAUAGACACCGCCAAGACAGUAGUAACAGGCACCAAAGAUGUAGUGUCCACUGGGCUCACUGGGGCAGUGAACAUGGCCAAGGGCACAGUCCAGACUGGCAUGGACACCACAAAAACCGUCCUGACUGGCACCAAAGACACUGUGUCCACUGGGCUAACUGGAGCCAUGGGAGUGGCCAAGGGGGCCAUCCAGACUGGCAUGGACACCACCAAAACCAUCCUGACUGGCACCAAAGACACCGUGGCUACUGGGCUCACUGGAGCAGUGAGCAUGGCCAAAGGCACAGUCCAGACUGGCAUGGACACCACCAAGACUGUGUUGACCGGCACCAAAGACACUGUGUCCACUGGGCUCACUGGAGCCAUGGGUAUGGCUAAGGGGGCCAUCCAGACUGGCAUGGACACCACCAAGACCGUCCUGACUGGCACCAAAGACACCGUGUCCACUGGGCUCACUGGAGCCAUGGGAGUGGCCAAGGGGGCUGUCCAGACUGGCAUGGACACCACCAAGACUGUCCUGACUGGCACCAAAGACACCAUGUCCACUGGACUCACUGGAGCCAUGGGAGUGGCCAAGGGAGCCAUCCAGACUGGCAUGGACACCACCAAGACUGUCCUGACUGGCACCAAAGAUGCUGUCUCCUCUGGGCUCACUGGAGCCAUGGGUAUGGCCAAGGGGGCAGUCCAGACUGGCAUGGACACCACCAAGACUGUCUUGACUGGCACCAAAGACACCAUGUCCACAGGACUCACUGGAGCAAUGGGUGUGGCCAAGGGGGCUGUCCAGACUGGCAUGGACACCACCAAAACCGUCUUGACUGGCACCAAAGACACUGUGUCCACUGGGCUCACUGGGGCCAUGGGUAUGGCCAAGGGGGCUGUCCAGACUGGCAUGGACACCACCAAAACCGUCCUGACUGGCACCAAAGACACCGUGUCCACAGGACUCACUGGAGCAAUGGGUGUGGCCAAGGGGGCUGUCCAGACUGGCAUGGACACCACCAAAACCGUCUUGACUGGCACCAAAGACACUGUGUCCACUGGACUCACUGGAGCCAUGGGUGUGGCCAAAGGGGCUGUCCAGACUGGCAUGGACACCACCAAGACUGUCCUGACUGGCACCAAAGACACCGUGUCCACUGGACUCACUGGAGCAAUGGGUGUGGCCAAGGGGGCUGUCCAGACUGGCAUAGACACCACCAAGACUGUCCUGACUGGCACCAAAGACACCAUGUCCACUGGACUCACUGGAGCCAUGGGAGUGGCCAAGGGAGCCAUCCAGACUGGCAUGGACACCACCAAGACUGUCCUGACUGGCACCAAAGACACCAUGUCCACUGGGCUCACUGGAGCCGUGGGAGUGGCCAAGGGGGCUCUCCAAACUGGCAUGGACACCACCAAGACCAUCCUGACUGGCACCAAAGACACCAUGUCCACUGGACUCACUGGAGCCAUGGGAGUGGCCAAGGGGGCUCUCCAAACUGGCAUGGACACCACCAAGACCAUCUUGACUGGCACCAAAGACACCAUGUCCACUGGGCUCACUGGAGCCAUGGGAGUGGCCAAGGGGGUGGUCCAGACUGGCAUGGACACCACCAAGACCAUGUUGACUGGCACCAAAGACACCGUGUCCACUGGACUCACUGGAGCCAUGGGAGUGGCCAAGGGGGCUGUCCAGACUGGCAUGGACACCACCAAGACUGUCUUGACUGGCACCAAAGACACCAUGUCCACUGGGCUCACUGGGGCCAUGGGAGUUGCCAAGGGGGCUGUCCAAACUGGCAUGGACACCACCAAGACUGUCUUGACUGGCACCAAAGAUGCUGUCUCCUCUGGGCUCACUGGAGCCAUGGGUAUGGCCAAGGGUGUUGUCCAGACUGGCAUGGACACCACCAAGACUGUCUUGACUGGCACCAAAGAUGUUGUUGCCUCUGGGCUCACUGGAGCCAUGGGAGUGGCCAAGGGGGCUGUCCAGACUGGCAUGGACACCACCAAGACUGUCUUGACUGGCACCAAAGACACUGUGUCCACUGGACUCACUGGAGCCAUGGGAGUGGCCAAGGGGGCUGUCCAGACUGGCAUGGACACCACCAAGACUGUCCUGACUGGCACCAAAGACACCAUGUCCACUGGACUCACUGGAGCCAUGGGAGUAGCCAAGGGGGCUGUCCAGACUGGCAUGGACACCACCAAGACUGUCCUGACUGGCACCAAAGACACCGUGUCCACUGGACUCACUGGAGCCAUGGGAGUGGCCAAGGGGGCUGUCCAGACUGGCAUGGACACCACCAAGACCGUCUUGACUGGCACCAAAGAUGCUGUCUCCUCUGGGCUCACUGGAGCCAUGGGUAUGGCCAAGGGUGUUGUCCAGACUGGCAUGGACACCACCAAGACUGUCCUGACUGGCACCAAAGACACCGUGUCCACUGGACUCACUGGAGCAAUGGGUGUGGCCAAGGGGGUUGUCCAGACUGGCAUGGACACCACCAAGACUGUCUUGACUGGCACCAAAGACACCGUGUCCACAGGACUCACUGGAGCAAUGGGUGUGGCCAAGGGGGCUGUCCAGACUGGCAUGGACACCACCAAAACCGUCUUGACUGGCACCAAAGACACUGUGUCCACUGGACUCACUGGAGCCAUGGGUGUGGCCAAAGGGGCUGUCCAGACUGGCAUGGACACCACCAAGACUGUCCUGACUGGCACCAAAGACACCGUGUCCACUGGUCUCACUGCCGCAGUGAGCAUGGCCAAGGGCACAGUCCAGACUGGCAUGGACACCACCAAGACCAUGUUGACUGGCACCAAAGACACCAUGUCCACUGGACUCACUGGAGCAAUGGGUGUGGCCAAAGGGGCUGUCCAGACUGGCAUGGACACCACCAAGACUGUCCUGACUGGCACCAAAGACACCAUGUCCACUGGACUCACUGGAGCAAUGGGUGUGGCCAAGGGGGCUGUCCAGACUGGCAUGGACACCACCAAGACUGUCUUGACUGGCACCAAAGACACCGUGUCCACUGGGCUCACUGGGGCCAUGGGAGUUGCCAAGGGGGCUGUCCAGACUGGCAUGGACACCACCAAAACCAUCUUGACUGGCACCAAAGACACCGUGUCCACUGGGCUCACUGGAGCCAUGGGUGUGGCCAAAGGGGCUGUCCAUACUGGCAUGGACACCACCAAGACUGUCCUGACUAGCACCAAAGAUAUUGUGUCUACUUCAAUCACUGGGGCAAUGGGAGUAGCCAAGGGGGCUGUUCAGGUUGGCAUGGACACCACCACGUCCAUCUUGACUGGCACCAAAGAUGUUCUGUCUACUGCAAUUACUGGGGCAAUGGGUGUGGCCAAGGAGGCUGUUCAGGUUGGCAUGGACACCACCAAGUCCGUCUUGACUGGCACCAAAGAUGUUCUGUCUACUUCAAUCAGUGGAGCAAUGGAUGUGGCCAAGGAGGCAGUCCAGAUUGGCGUGGACACCACCACGUCCAUCUUGACUGGCACCAAAGAUGUUCUGUCUACUUCAAUCACUGGAGCGAUGGAUGUGGGCAACGAGGCCAUCCAGACUGGCAUGGACACUACCAUGACCAUCUUGACUGGCACCAAAGGUGCCAUGUCCUCUGGGCUCAGCAGCAUAGGGCAUGUGGCCGAAGAAGGUAUGCACACUGGGGUGGGCAUCAUCCCAAACUGGUUACCCGAUUCCAAGGCUGCCACCUCAGUUGGACUUGCCAGUUCCAGGGCCCCAGAUGAAGGAGAACAAACCAUCACAAGCCCCCCUCAGGCUCAGCUCAGCAACCAUGGACCUCUGUCAGCUGAGGCCAUGUUCAGCCAAGAGGCCACCCUGGGCAAGGUGGAUGCUGCUCCCGGGGCCACCACUCAUGGCCAGGAAGGAGCCCAGGGCUUUGCAGCACUCCGGGACGAGCUGGAGGAGCUGGGAGAGAUCUUCCAGCCCAUGAGCGCCGAGGAACAAGCUCAGCUGGUUGCUACCCAGCCCAGGCGGAGGGAGGUCACGGCCGACCAGGGCAGCUACUUCGUGCGUCUGGGUGACGUGGCCCCCGGCUUCCGCCAGCGGGCUUUUGAGCACACCCUCAGCCACCUGCAGCACGGCGAGUUCCAGGCACGGGAUGCGCUGGCCCAGCUUGAGGAUGUCUUCAGGGAGAUCGAGGAGGCCCAGCAGGCUCCGGCUGGGGAUGCGAGCAGCCAAGCAGAGGAAGCUGCUGCUGGGGAGGUGCUGGCCACUGGGGCUCUGUCCAGGGCCUGUGACCUCGUCCAGCAGCUCCAUGUGGCCUACAGCCGCCUGGCCUCUGGCCUCCAGGGCCUCCCCACAGAGCUUCAGUGGCAGCUCCAGCAGGCUCGGCACAGCAUCUGUGAGCUCUAUGGCGUGGUCUCCUCGGUCGCCACGGUGGCGGAGCUGCCAGUCAAGCGGCUGGCUGAGAGCCGCCAGGGUGUGGGCCAGGCGUGGCGGGGCCUGGAGCAGGUGCUGCGGAGCGUGCAGCAAGGCCCUCCACUUGGCUGGCUGGUGGGGCCCUUCGCCCUGCCCGCCGAUGGGCAGCCGCUGUAGGAGCUCCUCCCCUGCCCGCAACCAGCUCCAAGCCCCGGAAGCUCUGGGUCCUGGAGUUCCACCACACCAUGCACCUGGUGCCAGGCCUGUCUGUACCGCCCACCUGCCUCCCUGGGCACGAGCUCGGCUGGUCCUUCUGGUUGAGGAACCCCAGGCAGCUAAGACCCCCGGUGGUGGGCCUUAGCCUGAAGAUCUCGAGCAAGCGCUCAAGAAAGGGUAUGGUGCCUGCCUAGAAAGUUCUCCACUCUGCACUCUGACGAGGGCCAUUUUAUCUUUUAUAAACUCUGGGGGCCUUCCACCCCAGCCAGGGUCCUCUAGCCACCAGUUAGCAGGCAGCCCUGCUCCUCCAUCCUGGGUUCCAGGGAGCUCCAUCCUUGCUCUGAAAGCACAUGUCCAGCAGCUAACAGCGCACACCCCCGAACAUACCAGAAUGCCGUCGUCCUGGGGCAGGUGGUCUCCCGUUGCCUCUGCUGACCUUGGCGGGAGGCCACAGGGCUUUGUGAAGGCAAAGCUGAAGUAACUGCCACAACUGAGGGCCAGAUGGUGCAGGUGGUGGGGGGCAGUGAGUACAUGUCCCCUCCUGAUGCAGCCCACCAGCCAGCAGCACCCCGGGUCACGGCUGAUCACAGGGGUCCAGAGCUGAUGUUCUGAGGCCCUGGGCCCAGAAGCUGCCAAUGAAGGAAUAAAGGGAGGGACCCCAGGGAACUCAUGACAGAAGGUGCUCAAGGGACUUCCCUUGAGGUCCUGCAGUUUAGGUCUCUGGGCUUUCACUGCUGACAGUAUGGGUUUGAUCCCUGGACAGGGAACUAAGACCCCACAAGCUACGUGGUGUGGCCAACCCCCUACCCACAAAACAAAAACAUGUUUGAUGUGUUCAGGUCCUGGUCACAUGCUCCACGCUGGAGACCGGGGGAUGGGUUGGCAGCUACUGGACAGGCUUCCUUUCCAGCCAUGCCUUCCUUGAGUCCUCAAGGCACUCUGGGAGGUGGGCUGCACACGGGACGGUGGGGCCGUGGAGGUCCAGUCCCCCUGAUCCUGCUCCCUGGGGCCCAGGAGAUGCUGGGAGAGCUGCUGACCACCAGUAGCCUAAUAAGCCUUGUCAAGCUCCCCCCCUCGCAGAGCCCAUCACACCUGCACCCCCCAGCUGGCCACCUCCCUGACAGAGGGCUCGAGAUGCCCCCUCUUCUCAGAAAUAAUCAAGUGCUCUGAGCCCCGGACGAAUGCACAAGCUGUCCCCAGAGGAUCACGUCUGCCAGGGGAGCUGGCCAAGGUGGGACACCGGGACCAGUCUGGGACCUUCCCCAAGCCUUUCUUGCCUUUUUGCCCAUCCCAGAUGGUCAGCAGAGGGGGUGACGCUGGAAACGGUGAUUCACAGAAUCCGAGUUCAGUGACGGUCUCAAGUCCAAUCAAACCACAGUGGGGGGUGCCAGGCCCAGAAAGCAGAACCACGCCCGGCCUCUAAUCCACCAGGACAGAGAGGCUGGGCCACCAGCAGGACACACAACAGAAGCGACUGUUUAAACAACUGCCUGCAGGUGCUUGGUUGGGCAACACACACACAAACACACCACACACACACACCACCCACUACCCCCCCUUCCCUGGUCUAGAGAAACACACACACACACACACACACACACACACACACCCCCACCCACUACCCCCUUCCCUGGUCUACAGAAACACACACACACCCCCCACACACUACCCACUUCCCUGGUCUACAGAAACACACACACACACACCACUCACUACCCCCUUCCCUGGUCUAGAGAAACACACCCACACACACCCACACCCCAACCCACUACCCCCUUCCCUGGUCUAGAGAAGCUCAGAAUGGAGGUGCCACUCACCCCACAUCCACAACGAGGCCUGCCCCCCAGGCCUUCGCCCUCCGAAUGUCAAGGACAACAGCUCGCAGCACCCCUCCUGGUAUUUCGGGAAAGACCUCGCUUACCCUGUCUCCCUGCCCCUCAUCAGCCCUGCAGGGCCAUGGGCACCGUCAGAACCAAGUUCAUAUCCGCGACUAACAGUGACCUUGUGCUUUAAAACCCUCUGUCCCCGGACUGGCCCUUGACCACUACUUAGAAAACCAAGCCAAUAAAAGUGACUUUUUUUCAUUAUAAAAACCCUUUAUAGUAAUUUCAUGUGGGUUGGAAACCACAGAAAUUAGGCAAAAAAAAAAAAAAACCCAGGGGGACAAAUACAAACGAACAGCACAG